AAUCUUAUCGGAACGUUGAUGUGUUGUGAGGGAGUUAGGUCUAAAUACCGACAUUAAUUGUCGGUAAACACCCGAAAAAAUAUAUUUGGCGUUCGCAAUGCGUCCAGGCCGAAAAAUAAGGGGAAAAACUAUUCGAAUUAUCGUGCGCGCUUAUGGAUCGCUCGUCAGAUGGCGACGCUGCCUCACCGCUAUAUUGAUCAAGUUAGAUUUGUGAAGACGCACAUUGAUAAGAUCUUGCGUAUAUUUUUCGAUCGCACGCAAUUCUCCCGCAUUACGCGCGUAUACAAUCGUUACGAGCGUUCGGUGGACACGCGAGCGAAAUUCGGCCGCGCGCGCGGUCUACCUCAGCGUUUACUACAGCGGCGUCGUCGUCACACAUAAAUCCUCUCUUGCCUAUGACGUCACUCGCGAAUUACACAAGCGUCAUCGCUCAGUCUGUGUGGAAAAUUUCGUGGGAUCCAUGGUGGUAGCGGCCGCGACAACGACGACGACGACCACUAUCACAACCAUCAUCGUGACGAGGUGCGUGUUGCUCUCCGAACGACACGAGCUUUUCGUCGCUCGCAACACGAGGAAUCGCACGACACGAAACGCUUCGCAGUCAAAAAGCUGGAUUCCGCGCACGAAACCGCAGGACGAUGUUUUCGACGAGCCUAUAGUGUGCACAUUGUUUGUUGUUGUGCGUCUCGUACGCACUGCUAAAUGCCGUCAGCGUCACCGGAGUUUCCGCAGCUCGACGUUGAAGUUUACGGAAGAAGUCUUCCAGCUUGUCACAAUGUCUAUGCAACAGUUCUGCUUGCGAUGGAACAAUCAUCAACCUAAUUUCAUCUCAGUUUUCUCCAAUUUGCUGAAUAAUGAGACCUUGGUGGACGUUACUCUCGCUGCUGAAGGCAGACAUCUCCAGGCCCACAAAGUUGUACUAUCGGCAUGUAGUACAUACUUUCAGUCAUUAUUCACAGUGAAUCCUUGUCAGCAUCCUAUUGUUAUACUUAAGGACAUCAAGUUCUCGGACCUCAAGAUUAUGGUAGACUUCAUGUAUUAUGGAGAAGUAAACAUAUCUCAAGAUCAAUUGCCGUCUAUCAUAAAGACAGCGGAGAGCUUAAAGAUAAAAGGACUUGCGGAAAUGCAUACAGCGUCAUUGACAAAAUGGCCAAGCGGUAGUAGUGAAACAGGCGGUGGAGACCGCGGUGAAUCCUGUUCACCCAGCCCAUCUCCAUUGUCUCCCUCUUUCCGUAGGAAAAGGUUAAGAAAAUCCUCCACUGGUUCAACGUCCGGUUCUGGCGAUAAGCCGGAAGACAUUAACGAAAUAACACUAGUAGCCACUAAUAUCGUCAAACCUGAACCUUUAAUCGUAUCGCAAGAAAGUGGGGAGAAUCUGAGGCGACCAGUAAACACUAGUACAGAAUCUCAAGGCAGUAUUGAUGAAGAUCAAAUAUCAAUUAUGAGUAACAUGGAAAACAGUUCCGCCAAUACACCAGCCCAAAAUGACGGUUCUAUUCAAGAUGUGAGCCAACAAUCGGGAGGAAACAUUGGACAAAGUUCAGUUUCUUCGCAACCACCUGUGCACCAAGCCCCUCAUUGCAAGCAGACGCCGGUGAAAAGGGCACGGCUGUUGAUGCGGCAGCCGCGAGUGAAGAAGGAGCCGAGUCACCUGUCGCCAGACAGCGAGACUACCACGACGGGUUCGCCGCACAUCGUCUCGUCCUCCGUGGCCACGCCGACGUUGAAUCUCCCUCAGACGUCGAGGAGCUGGGAGGAGUCGCGCAUAUCGCCGCCGCACACCAUGCUGAUGAAUCAGCCGAAUCUGCUGACGACGUCGACGAACCUGUUGACGGUGCCGCAACCGUCCUACCUGACCAAGCAACAUUCGCACCCGCUGCUCACUAGCCAACAGCAGAGCACGUCCGGCAAUUACUGGAUACACCGGCAGCACUCGAAUCCGGAGUUCCCUGGCAGAACCACGAGUCCCUCGAUAGUGGUGGAGCCGGCACCGGUCGUCAAGACGGAGGAAGAGGCAGGCGAGGAAACACCGGCGACUCCCGUCUUGGAGCCAGGAAACGCUACGUCCGGGGAUAGCAGCAGCGGAGGAUUGAGGGUCAAGACGACAGAGUUGAGACGAAGCUCGUCGUCGCCGCAGACCAGCAGCGGCAGCAGCAGAGAGCCACGCGAGAACACUGGCGACAAACGAUUGGGCCACUGUCCGGUGCUACGCGAAGGGCCACCCUUAGGCUGCAAUCAUUGUUGGAACACGAUAGACGCCCACGGCAGAAUACUCCGCAGGAAGACCAAGUAUCACUGUCCCGAGUGCCAGAUCAAUCUCUGCAUCGUGCCGUGCUUUCAGGAGUACCACGAGCAACGGCGCGAUCUGAUCUCCAAACUGAAACCCUUACCGAAAACCAGCUCUGUCUAAUCUCUCCUUAUUUAUUGCGUACCUCUUUCUCUCUAUCUACGUACUUUGUUUUUAUAGAUGAUUGUUAUCCGGGCGAUUGAUGUGUAAGCGCGCGUUUUUAAGUGUCCGAGGACUGUCGCGCGCGCGCGCGCGGUGACACCAAGCCGAUAUUAUCGGUGUGUGUGUAUGUACACGUGAUGUUUAUUUCUCCCCCUCUCUCGUACCACGAUGAAUGUAAGUUUUACCGAAUUUGUAUCGACAAAAAUCAACAAAAGGUAGGAUCCAUUUCAUAUUGCAAAUUUCUUCGAAAUACUGUAUGAACCAAUCAUGUUCUUUCUUUUUUUAAGCACUUCAAAGCGUUUACAGCUUCAAGUGGGUCGUAGAGACCUGAUGAUGAUGUUUUCUAUGAGGGACUUGUCUCUUGUCUCGAAAUUAUACGGGGAUAGUGAUAUUUUUUUAACGUCGAUAAACAUCGAGAAAUCAAUUUCUCCUACGAUUUUAUAACAUUUAUGAUGAGAAGCGCGUCAAGUACGUAAGAUGAAGUACAUUAUUUGAAAAAAAAAAAAUCCAAGAAUACAUAUAAUUAUUACGUAACGGUUCUUUAUUAUUACGAUUAUUAUAAUCAUUAUUUUUGAAAUGCUUUUUAUUCUCGUAUCAAUGAUCCUCAUAUCAUCACAUGAUUGCACGAUCCCUCCUAUUCUGUGUCUCCUUCUCUCUUUCAUGUACAAAAAAGCAUCGAGAUAAUAAUUUUUCUCGACGGCGACAUUGCAAACACUAAUUUUCGAGGUCAUGAAUCGCGAGAUGCAAUUGCAAUUGUGAAAGAAGGAAAGGAAAAAUAGAGAGGAGAGAAGAGCAGGCACGGCCUGGCCGCCGAAGCGAGAGCCCACGCACGUGCAACGAUCGGUGUUACCCUUAUAAAUCACUUCCUACUAUUCACGGCACUCCCCGCUCCCGUUAAUACGUCCGCGUGUAAAUUUGUCGCGUUCGUAUCGCGAUCAAUCGAACGCGAGCCUCUUUCUCCCCCUCCCUCCCUGUCACUUUUAUCUUAAUACGAGAAUUUGGGAUUUAAGAAAGAAAUAAAGAGUAAAGUACAAGUGAGAAAUUCACUACGGCGUUGUGUGUGUACGUAUGCGUGCGUGCGUGUGUGUGUGUGUGUGUGUGUGUGUGUGCGCGCGCGCGUCGGUUCUUCUAUUUAAAAUAACUCUUCGACAAGUUUUUGACCAACGAGAGGAAAUCUGCUGAAGAGGGAGAAAAAAAAAAUCUGAUAACGGCAAGCGACAUUUGUUAGAUCGCGCUUUCUCUCUUUUCUUUCUGUUCAACUUGUGUUUCUCCGCUUUCCAGCAGCUUUUAUUUUUUUAUCGAAGGAGAAAUGUAUAUCGUUGAAACGUUUUCCCGCUUGAAUCGGACUUCGAUCAGGCUUCGAUUUUUCGAUGGAAACGCCGCGGAAUUCUCUGUCGAGAUAUUUUCGGCUUGUACUGUGUUAAUUUGUCGCGCCGCCGCCGUUUCCGUCUCUCCAGACCCAUCGGGACACUUUUCGACGACGAAUAUUUUUGUGUCUCGUGCAUUUAUCCGCCGGAAAGGCAAGACGAGACACAUUACGAACGACAAUAGAAGUGAGUGAGGAAACUCUCUUUUUUUCUUGGCGUGUCGUAGAAUCGCAUCGUUCCAGCCUGAUAAAUCCUUAGAGCAUAUACUACUGGAGGGAGCGUGCCUUAUGCUGCCCGUGUUAUAAUAAUGUGGUCAGGGUGCGAGAGAGAAAAGUAGAUUAGAGGUGACAGCUAUCUCUCUCUUACUGAACGCUCAUUGGUCGAUUCCAACUCCCCACUUUUGAGAGAUUGUAACGUAUAAAUGUAUACGAAAUAACAUUAUAAAACAUCUAUAAAUAAAUAAUACAUUCCUAAUUAUGAAUUAAAAAGUAAUCAUAGUAUCAAAACAUUAAAUUAAGACAGAACAAACAUAUGAACUUUUUUUUAAAAUCCAAUCUUCAAAGUUAUCUUUUAUUGCAUCGCACCAUUUAUUGUUAAUAACUUCAUCUGAUGGAAAUCUAAAGAAAAAAAAUUAUAAAAAUUAUUGAUACCAAAACUGAAAACGAAAACGUUCACUUAACCUACACAACUUCAUUUUUAAUAGACUUACUUAUGAAAACAUAAAUCCAAACAGUCAGGAUCGUCUUGUCUCGUACGACAAUUUGGGAUGCAACAAAUUUUUGACAUUGUAAUAAUUUCAAUCAAACAGCACUAUUUACACAUACUUAAAUAUUCAAAUAUAAUAAACGCGUCAAAAUGAUACAGACUAGCAGACGAGCUGACAAGUUGGGCGGCAAUUGAACUUUCGUAUAGGCCUUUCUCCUUCUAAGCAAACAACCAUGAGCGUUCAGUAAGAGAGAGAUAGCUGUCACCUCUAAUCUACCUUUCUCUCUCGCACCCUGACCACACUUUUAUCGAGACGUGCUACCUCCAGUAGUAUAUGCUCUAAGGAUAAAUCACGAUUUGUCGCCAGGCUAUCGUCGACUCUCCCUCGCCCGGCCGCGACACCUACGUUUCUCCCCUUCUUCCCUUGGUAUUUCCUCGCGAGCGACACCGAGCACGUUCGCGCACUUUUACAUGUAAAGUGUCGAAAAUGUAGAAGAAGAAGAAGGAACAAAAAAGAAGAAAAACAAGAAGUACGUGCAAUAUAUUUUUCUCGGCAUUACAGAUAUACUAUAUGCAAGCGUUGUAUCGAUUAAUCAUAUUUUGUGUAAAAUCUAGCCUGAGAUUCAUAAGUUAAAAAU